AUCUUUUUUAAGUGGGAGAACUUGCACAAUUGGUGGCUGACUAAAUACUUUUUUGCCCAACUGUAUGUACCUAUUCCAUUAAUAAACAAUCAGCCGUUUCCAGCUACAAUAGUAAUUUAAAACAUUAAGAAUGUCUACAUUGUAUUGUAUUUCUGAUCAAUUUUAAAUGGACAAAUGUGCUUUUCUUUAAAAAACAAGAACAUUUCUAAUUGACCCCAAAUGUUUGAACGGUAGUGUACAUAUGAAAUGGGUAAAACAGUUUAAACAUUAAAGUGACCAGUGACUAAAGUUCAGGGCAAGGUACUGGGCAGAGGCCGGCUCGUGGUGACUGUGUAACAGUCUGAUGGCCUUGAGAUUGAAGCUGUUUUUCAUUCUCUAGUUCCCAGCUUUGAUGCACCUGUACUGUCUCCUCCUUCUAGAUGGUAGCAGGGUGAACAGGCCGUGGCUCGGGUGGCUGAGGUCCUUGAUGAUUUUCUUGGUCUUCUUGUGACACCAGGUGCUGUAGAUGUCCUGGAGGGCAGACAUUGUACCCUGCGGUUGCAGAGGGGGAAGUUCCUGUACCAGGUGGUGAUACAGCCUGACAGGAUGCUCUCAAUGGGGCAUCUGCAAAAGUGUGGGUCUUAGAGGCCAAGACAAAUGUUUUCAGCCUCCUGAGGUUGAAGAGGCGCUGUUGCACUUUCUUCACUACACUGUCUGUGUAGUUGGACCAUUUAAGAUUGCCACUGAUGUGUACUGCAAGGAACUUGAAGCUUUUCACCUUCUCCUCUGCGACCCCAUAGAUGUGGAUGGGGUGUGCUCCCUCUGCUCUCUGCUGAAGUACACGAUCAGCUCCUUCGGCAAGCGGUACCGGAGCACCAACUCUAGGUCCACGAGGCUUCUAAACAGCUUCUACCCCAAGCCAUAAGAAUCCUGAACAUCUAAUCAAAUGGCUACCCAGACUAUUUGCAUUCCCACUCCCCUCUAUUUUAUGCUGCUGCUCGUCUCUGUUUAUUAGCUAUGCAUAGUCACUUUAAGAACUCUACCUACAUGUACAUAUGAUCUCUUAUUUACUGCUGCUCUUUAAUAUUUUAUACUUUUAUUUGUUAUUUUGUAGGCAUCUUUCUUAACUGCAUUUUUGGUUAACGGCUUGUAAGUAAGCAUUUAACUGUAAGCUUUAAUCUGCUCACUGUAGGCUCUCAUUAUUGUUGGUAAUCAGGCCUACCACUGUUGUGUCUUCUGCAAAUUUGGAUAUUGAGUUGGAGUUGUGCGUGGCCGCGCAGUCAUGGUUGAGCACACCCCCCUGGCGGGCCCCCGUGUUAAGGAUCAGCAUAGUGGAGGUGUUGUUUUCUACCUUCGCCACCUGGGAGCGGACCAUCAGGAAGUCCAGGACCCAGAAGCAAAGGGUGGGGCUCAGACCCAGGGCCCUGCGCUUGGAGGGUGAUAUGGUGUUGAAUGCUGAGCUGUAGUCAAUGAACAACAUUCCUACAUAAGUAUUCCUCUUGUCCAGAUGGGAUAGGGCAGUGCGAUGGCGAUUGUGUCAUCCGUGGAUCUAUUAGGGUGGUAUGCAAAUUGCAGUAGGUCUAGAGCAGGGGGGGGGGCAGUUCCAGUCCUCGAGGGCCUGAUUGGUGUCAGCUUUUCCCCAGCCCCAGUUUACACACCUUAAUCCAAUAAUCACCUAAUCAUGAUCUUCAGUUUAGAAUGAAAUUAUAUUAAUCAGCUGUGUUUGCUAGGGAUGGAGAUAAAGUGUGACACCAAUCAGGCCCUCAAGGACUGGAGUUGCCCACCCCUGGUCUAGGGUGUCAGGUAAGUUGGAAGUGAUGUGAUCCUUAACUAACCUCUCAAAGCACUUCAUAGUGGCAGAAGGGGGUGAUAGUCAUUUAGUUCAGUUACUUCUGCUUUCUUGGGUACAAGAACAAUGGUGGACAACUUGAAGCAUGAGGGAACAGCGGACUGGGAUAGAGAAAGAUUGAAUAUGUCUUUAAACACUCCAGCCACCUGGUCUGCACAUGCUCUGAGGGGGCUAGAGAUGCCCCGACACCAUGUUCAUUCAUCUCCUAUUCACACUGCAAUGUACAAAUGCUAUAACUUUCAUAAUAACAUCAUCAACCCCCUACUCAAAGAAGUCACUCUCUGGACAUGUUUCAUUCAGGGUAGGGGGUAGGUGUGUGUGGGCCGGAAUCAAAGGGUUUCGACUUAUUGUUCGUGUCUGAAAAGGAGCUAAUGGUCGGCCAUCGCUACUCAAGGACUAAAACCCGCGGGGUGCCCCCGGGCCAAGUCGUACAAUGACACCCCCACUCCUCCCGCGGCGCGUCUUCCUGCCACAAUCUGAAGCAAACGACUCGCUAUGGGGGUGCGUAUCUGUAUCGGUGCGACGGCCAUCCACUCUUUUCAAUACACCCAUCAAGGCUAGUAUAAAUUCGACUGGAUGCUUUUAGUUGUUUUAGUAAUUUCCUCUGCGUUGUCCUGAUUUUACAUGGGCAAAAAUUGGUUUCUGUAUGUAAAAUUGAGCGUAAAGUUGUCACUUCAGAAAAGUUCAACCAUUAUGUGCAUCAUUCGUUGAGUUGUCUAUUUUGAAAUGUCAUAAGACUGCUUUUAAUUUCUAGACUUACUGACCCUUUCACAUGUAUUUCUGAAACAGGAGUCCUUCUCAGUUUACCAGCCUUUACCAAAUAAAAGACAUUUAGUGUAAGAGGCUAUGUAGUCACAUAACGUGGACGCUAUGUCACAAUGUGUUUGAAGUAAAUAAUUAAACAAAAAGGCUGGCGUGCAUAUUCUCAGUUUACUGAUAUCCAUCCAGGCUACAGCGCCAUCAUAUUAUAGGCAUUGUCUCUCGGCCAAAAGGAUGGUCCAAACAUUGAAAUAUGACAAAAUGAACCUUAUUCUUUAUUGGUUAACUUCACUAAUGAAUGUGGGUCACAUGAGGCCAAUGUGUUUUGUGUAUAAGUCUAAACCUCAAUGGAAAUGCAUUGAGUCGGUUAUAAUUUCCAUUUCACAAAUUGAAAGAUUUUUCCCACAAAGUUUUUUUUUUUUACAUUUUAAAUUCUAACAAUUAGCCAGAAAAUUCAGCAAGCGAGAAUAUGGGUCUAUGCUAUUUAAAUGUUGAUCGAAUGGGAUCUCACUUACGCGAUAAUUUUUGCCCAAAAUUGGCUUUUUAGGCUAUGAAAAAUAAUCUUUAUAGAGCCUAUUGUUUUAUAGUGUAAUAUAAAAUGGAUAUAAGUUGAGCAUGAUCAGCAAGGUUUCCCAAAUGCUGUUACAUUAAAUGUUAUUGUUGAUUUGAACACAAUUCUGCGUAUAUUUUCUUGGCCUAUAGGCCAACAUUUUAUAAUGAGUGAUAGUCAAAAAGUAAUUCUGGUCUGUAUUUAAAUACAUCUGCUUGCAUGUCGGCUAUCCCAAAUCACUUUUAAAAUCGAUGAAAGCUAGUUAAAGUAAAUGAUUUAAACAAUGUCCACACAACGCUACAUGCAUAUUAGAUACUUUGCCUACCUCACUGAAUAUGUAUUUACUACUACGACAUGUAGGCUAAAUAUAUAUUAAAUGGAUCAACAUUGAAGUCGUGAAUUAACUUUUUACUAGAUAAUUUCCUUUAAUUGUUCACAGGAUUUGUGCAUACACACCUGAGCUUGUUAUUUAAAUUUUCAGGAAGACGAAUAUUUAGUAUCAAUUUUUUUCAGUCAAGUUUUCAAUGGGAAAGCACGCGCACCAGCUUACCUGUUAUCUCACGGUCAGUGUUAUCGGGGAUCUUUGGGACGUCCCUACACUAAACUUUAACCCCUACCCUUAACCUAACCUUAAACACAACCCUUACCUAACCAUUUACAUUUCAACUUCAGUGGGGGGUAUGGACGUCCCAAUGAUCCCGGAUAGCAUAGACCGUUAUCUCGCCGUGAAGGGAAAAAAAUCAAGGUCGUUCGCAAAUUCACAAUCAGCUGUGUUUGUCUCUCUCGGCCAAUGGGAGGCGAGGCAAUUAACAUCCCAACACCGAUUGAUUAAAAAACUGUGGAGCUGGGGUGUUGUGAGACGGCCAUUUGAAGGUGAAGUAGGUGGUGAACUCGAGACACAAUGGACUACAGUUGAUGGGUAUCUCGCACACAGGCUUCUAUUUCUGUACAGGUUUGUUUCCACACAGCGUGAAGAGAAACUUUCGGGAUUGAUUUUCACCCUUUAAGGAAUUGCUCAAAGAACGCUGGCUUUUGGACAUUUUCUUGCCACCCUCAAGUGUUCAGGACAGGCCGUUCAGAAACGAUGUUCUAUCUUGCGUAAUGGGUAUAUAGACGGUAUAGUCUGCAAGCGUGUCAUUGACUAUAACCAAGUGCCUGAACCACAUUGUCUGAGAAUCAAAUCAAGUAGAAUGUCGGAGCGAUCUCAGAGCCCUCUUUCGGAUUGCAACAGCCGGCCGGAUGACUUCAGCCGACCCAUGUACGCCCAGGCCUUGAGUCAAGAAGCGUUUGGAGGCACGUCGCUCCAGAUCCCUCACGGCGUUCUACAGCACCACAGUCUUCUAUUCAACAAGACUGCAUACAAUGGGUUGCCUCCAACACCUCAAACCUUUUUCCAAUUCCCACCAGUCGGUGGUGACUAUAGGGCCUCCGAUUUACAAACCGGUGACUUUUGCCAACCCAAACACUGGUAUCCCAUCGCCGCUCCCGAAUACACCGGCCAAGUACCGAGGGUUGCAGUGACUACGCAGGCCACAAACCUGAGCCCACCCAUUGCCGAAGCCGGGGAACAAAUCAAAAUGCCUGAUAUAAAGAUUGAGAAGGAUGUCAAUGACGAGUAUGAGGUAAAGAUUCAACAGUAUCCAACUCCGUCGUCCGCUGUGGCUCACGGGGUUUACUACUCGAGCCCAUGGAACCCCUCGUUUUGGCCCGGCCUUCCCCACAUCACUGCUGAGAGUUCCAAUAUUCAAAACCUCAACUCCAUACCCUCAACAUCGUCUUCAACAUCCCCAUCGCUCUCGCCGUCACCCCCCAGCAAUGGGUUACCCGGGAUCACGUUCAACGGGAGCGCAAGCCAAGGUGCCCAAGCGCCCCAGGCACAAACCCAAAGCAAUGGAUCCUCCAGCGCCAGCGGUGGGUGCAGCGACUCGGAGGAAGAGGAGAACCCUUCAACUGAGGAGCUGGAACAGUUCGCCAAGGAGCUGAAGCACACGCGCAUAACACUGGGUUUCACACAAGCAGAUGUGGGAAUGGCUCUAGGCAACCUUUAUGGCAAGAUGUUCAGCCAGACUACAAUCUGUCGUUUCGAAGCCCUCCAACUCAGCUUCAAGAAUAUGUGCAAGCUGAAGCCCCUGCUUCGGAGAUGGCUGAAUGAGGCUGAGACCUCUGACAACCCCCAGGACAUGUACAAGAUCGAGCGGGUGUUUGUGGACACCAGGAAGAGGAAGCGGCGGACCAGUCUGGAGGGUUCGGUGCGCACGGCUCUAGAGUCCUACUUUGUCAAGUGCCCCAAGCCCAACACCCAGGAGAUCACACACAUUGCAGACGACCUGUGUCUGGAGAGAGAUGUGGUGCGUGUGUGGUUCUGUAACCGCAGACAGAAGGGCAAGCGCCUGGCCCUCCCUUUCGACGAGGAGUGUGAAGAACAGUACUACGAGCAGAGUCCACCUCCCCCGCACAUGACCCAAUCCCCCCUCCCUGGGCAGGGGUACCACCUAUCCAGCCACACCGGGGCCCCCACAUUCUACAUGCCCCCCCAGAGGCCAGAAGUCUUUAAGCAGGCCCUGCACCCUGGACUGGUGGGUCACCUGACCAGCUAAAUGUGUUCCAGUUCUCUAAACCAGCUCUGGCCAUAUGGCCUCCCAUUCCCACCCAACAUACAGUGGGGAGAACCACAAGUCUUUGAUACACUGCCUAUUUUACAGGCUUUCCUACUUACAAAGCAUGUAGAGGCCUGCCAUUUUUAUCAUAGGUACACUUCAACUGUGAGAGACGGGAUCAAAAUCCAGAGAAUCACAUUGUAUGAUUUUUAAGUAAUUCAUUUGCAUUUUAUUGUGUGACAUAAGUAUUUGAUAUCAGAAAAGUAGAACUUAAUAUUUGGUACAGAAACAUUUGUUUGCAAUUACAGAGAUCAUACAUUUCCUGUAGUUCUUGACCAGGUUUGUGCACACUGCAGUAGGGAUUUUGGCCCACUCCUCCAUACAGACCUUCUCCAGAUCCUUCAGGUUUCGGGGCUGUCGCUGGGCAAUACGGACUUUCAGCUCCCUCCAAAGAUGUUCUAUUGGGUUCAGGUCUGUAGACUGGCUAGGCCGCUCCAGGACCUUGAGUUGCUUCUUACGGAGCCACUCCUUAGUUGCCCUGGCUGUGUGUUUCGGGUCGUUGUCAUGUUGGAAGACCCAGCCACGACCCAUCUUCAAUGCUCUUACUGAGGGAAGGCCGAGGGUGAUUGACCGUCAUCUUGAACUUCUUCCAUUUUCUAAUGAUUGCGCCAACAGUUGUUGCCUUCUCACCGAGCUGCUUGCCUAUUGUCCUGUAGCCCAUCCCAGCCGUGUGCAGGUCUACAAUUUUAUCCCUGAUGUCCUUACACAGCUCCCUGGUCUUGGCCAUUGUGGAGCGGUUGGAGUCUGUUUGAUUGAGUGUGUGGACAGGUGUCUUUUUUAUACAGGUAAUGAGUUCAAACGGGUGCAGUUAAUACAGGUAAUGAGUUCAAACGGGUGCAGUUAAUACAGGUAAUGAGUUCAAACGGGUGCAGUUAAUACAGGUAAUGAGUGGAGAACAGGAGGGCUUCUUAAAGAGAAACUAACAGGUCUGAGAGCCGGAAUUCUUACUGGUUGGUAGGUGAUGCAAAUUAAUUACGUAAAUCAUACAAUGUGAAUUUCUGGAUUUCUGUUUUAAAUUUCGUCUCUCACAGUUGAAGUGUACCUAUGAUAAAAAUACAGACCUCUACCUCUUGUAAGUAGCAAAACCUGCCGAUUUCGCAGGUUAUCAAAUACUUGUUCUCCCCACUAGCUAUUUUCUACCUCUCCAUUGCACCAGUCCCUUGGCUCUGAAUAUCUGCGGUGAGAUUGUUUUUGCACAAAGUUGUCUGACCUUUUUUUGAUAUUUUAGAAAUGAGAUUUUUCCCCCUUUAUCUUGAAUAUCCUUGUCUUGUUGCAGUUCGUCCAGAGGCUAUCUAUUAGGUCUUACAUACAAUUUCUUUAAAUAUUCUUUGCAGUCUUGUCCAGAAGGUAUACUCUCAUAGUGGAAGUAUGAUACAAAUACAUUUUUUGAUUUGUCUUAAAUCUUGCUAUGUUUGUUAUCCAUGUCUGUCUUGCAUAUGUUGACUAACUGUUUUUAAUCUAAUGGUAGCCAUUGCGGUAAAGGGAUUAACCAAAGUGGUACUUAUGUUAACAUGAUCAGGGACCUGUAUUGUUAAUGGUUGUCACUGUUGCAGAGCUGAUUACAUCACCACUCUUAUACAAAGACUUGAUCAAAACAAAUCUGAAAUGGCCAUCCAGCGCAGGCACAAUCUAGUGCCUUGUUGUGUAGUUGAAGUCUUUUCAUCUUCUAUGUGACUCAAAUCUCUUGGCUAAAGAUUUUAUACAAUCCCAUGUUUAUAAAUAAAAGCAUAUUUGAUAAUUUUA